AUGGCCAGUGAGGGCAAGAAAACAAGAGGAAGGCAAAGGAUAGAGAUGAAGAGGAUCGAAAAGGAAGAUGAUCUUCUAGUUUCUUUCUCGAAACGAAGAUCUGGGAUAUCCAAGAAAGCUAGCGAUAUGGUAACACUAUGUGGUGGAGAGGUGGCCAUUGUGAUUUUCUCACCUUCUAGUAAGCCUUUCUCAUUUGGUCACCCAUCCAUUGAUGUUGUUAUCAAUCGAUUCUUAAAUCGAAAUCCACUGGAAAACAACGAGCACACUCACCAAAUCAUGGAGGUUCAUCGAAAUAUGAGAAUCGCGGAUCUCAUCCAACUUUUUAACGAGCUUCUAAUCCAAUUAGAAGCUCUGAAGGAGCAAAGCAAGUUGCUCGAAAAGAUAUCUAAGACAAGGGGAAAUAAUCAAGAGUUUUGGUGGAAUGCAUCUCUUGAUGAGCUUGAUGUGAACGAGCUUAAACAAACAUAUGCUUCAAUGGCAGAACUACACAUGACUAUCACCAACCAUCUUAAGGAGAGGAGAAAUGCUUUUGAUGCCUCCUCUUCUUCUGCCCAACAAACCAAUCCCAACUUUGAUACUAAUCCAAGUGGGCUUGGUUCUUAUGCAUUUCCUCCUAGCUAUGGCCAUUAA